AUGUCUUCUGUUCAGCAUCUGAGAGAGUUUAUCAGCCAGCGACUAACUGCUGCCGCCGAAGAAAUAUUCUCAGAGUUUGAAAAAACCAUCGUCCAGUACGAGGACGAGAUCGAUCGUCAGCGCAGACUGCUGGAAGUCAGCUGGAAACCCCAAAUAACCCUGAAAACAGCAGUCAAGAAGGGACUAAGCAUGAAGUCUCUGGACCAACUACUCUUCCUGAGUCCACGGAAAAAUAUAGAUGUCACAGAAGCCACAGUAACAAUGUGGAAAUGGAAAGCUCUCCCUACACAAAAAGUCUGUGUAAUGCAGAUACGGGUCAAAAAGCUGUUUUCAUGUAAAAUAUGUGGGAAAGGAUUCUCUCAAAGUGGGGACUUGAGCACCCACAUGGCAACUCACACAGAGAACAAGCUGUAUCCCUGUAAAACAUGUGGGAAAGGUUUCAGACACAGCAGCACUUUGAACGCCCACAUCAGAACUCACACAGGUGAGAGGUCAUAUUCGUGUGAAACGUGUGGUAAAGGUUUUUCACAUAAGGGUAAUUUGACUGCCCAUAUUCGAAUCCACACAGGUGAGAAGCCAUAUUCUUGUGUCAUUUGUGCUAAAAGUUUUGCUCAAAGGAGUGUUUUAACAGUCCACAUGAGAACUCACACAGGGGAGAAACCGUAUUCCUGUGAAUUAUGUCACAAAAUCUUCAGGCAUAGGAGCACUCUAACCCUUCACAUGAGUACUCACAUCAUCUGCUCCGCAAUGUCUUCUGCUCAGCAUCUGAGAGAGUUUAUCAGCCAGCGACUAACUGCUGCCGCCGAGGAAAUAUUCUCAGAGUUAGAAAAAACCAUCGUCCAGUACGAGGACGAGAUCGAUCGUCAGCGCAGACUGCUGGAAUUCAGCUGGAAACCCCGAAAUACCCUGAACGCAGCAGACUUUGCUGUGUCGGAGAGCCAAAGCCAGGAGAACAGGCAUGAGGUCCCAGGGUCAGCUAGAAAUGCAGGUUUUUUCCACAGUUACAAUGUGAACAGUGCCACCGCCCCAAAGAGCCAGUGUGCAGCGGACACAGGGAAGAAAGCUGUGCAGUGUGACGUCUGCGGGAAAAGCUUUAAACAUAAGCACCAGAUCAAGACGCAUUACCGAAUCCACACAGGCGAGAAGCCAUAUUCCUGCCAGAUGUGUGGAGCGAGCUUUGCUCAGACUGGAAGCCUGUAUGUCCACAUGAGGACUCACACAGGGGAGUACUUUCAAUGCAGCACGUGUGGGAAGAAAUUUAAAGAGUUGUCCCACCUGAAAACGCACAAGAGAACUCACACUGGAGAAAAACCAUACUCAUGUCAAAUAUGUGGUAAAAGUUUCAGACAUAGUGGCACUCUGACGGUGCACAUGAGAACACACACAGACGAGAAGCCAUACACCUGUGAAAUGUGCGGAAAGGGCUUCAAUCAAAGCACCAACCUGUUAACGCACAUGAGGACUCACACGGGGGAAAAACCAUACUCUUGUCAAAUAUGCGGAAAAUGUUUCAGACACAGGGGAACUUUGACCGAUCACAUGAUAACUCACACAGAUGAGAAACCCUAUUCCUGUCAGAUAUGUGGGAGAAGUUUCAGACGCAGAGGCGCUUGGACUGAACACAUGGCAAUGUCUUCUGUUCAGCAUCUGAGAGAGUUUGUCAGCCAGCGACUAACUGCUGCCGCAGAAGAAAUAUUCUCAGAGUUUGAAAAAACCAUCGUCCAGUACGAGGACGAGAUCGAUCGUCAGCGCAGACUGCUGGAAGCCACAUGGAAACCCCGAGUUAUCCUGAAAGCAGCAGACUCCCAGCAGAGCCAGAACUUAGAGGAGCAGGAUGCUCUCUGUAGGCUGGAAAAGAUUUCCAGUCUGGACCAGGAGGAACCUGAACAGUCACAAAUGAAAGAGGAGCAGAUGGAGCCCUGCAUCAGCCGGGAAGAAGAGCAGCUGGUUAUCAAGCAGGAGUCUGACCCCUUUAUGGUGACUCCAUAUUUUCAGGAAACUAACUGCAGUGAAUCAGAAACAAACACAUCCCAGCUUCUUUUUCAGAGCUCUGCUGUGGCUGAGAGCCAAGAUCAUGAAGAGGAUCAGCACGAAGGCUCCAGAUCGGGGAGAAAUGAAGAGCCAGAGCUGGAUCCCUUUACUCACACUGAGAACCCUCCACAGAGUCUGUGUAAUAACGGCUCCGCUAAUAAGUCUGUGAAAUGCAACAUUUGUGGUAAAGAAAUCCGGUUUAAGUCUGGGCUGAAGAAGCACCACAGAAUCCACACCGGCGAGAAACCGUAUUCGUGUAAAACGUGCGGUAGAAGUUUCAAUCAAAGCAAUCAUUUGACUGUCCACAUGAGGGCUCACACGGGCGAGAGGCCGUUUGGCUGCCAGAUGUGCGGCAAACACUUUAGACGGAGCGAAACCCUGACGGUCCACACCAGAACCCACACCAGAGAGAAGUUGUACUCCUGUGAGAUCUGUGGGAAGAGCUUUGCCCAGAAUUGCACGCUGACUAUCCACAUGAGAAGCCACACAGGUGAGAAGCCAUACCCCUGCGACAUGUGUGGCAAACGCUUUAAGAGAAAAUACAACCUGCUGGUGCACACACGGACACACACAGGGGAGAAAGCUACUCCUGUGAGCUCUGUGGGAAGACAUUCUCUGUGA